AUGACGUCAAUGAUAGAAGGUGAUCCGCAUGAAGUGGAACACGUAGAGGAUGAUCGUUUUCGAGGAGAAGGUAAAAUUAUCGAUGAGCAAGAUCGAGAGGAACAUUUUGUCAAACCAUUACAUACUUAUUAUUGUCGUUGUGGACAGAUAGCGAUGAUAACAGAUACACUGAUAACAAGGAUGCCUUUACGCCGGCGUGAUCGAUCACGCGUCAUUGAUCCAGCACGUACGGAAGCUAAAACAUUCGGUGUUAAUGGUGAUACUGUGUACAUAAGAAGAAGAGAAGGAUUGGAGCAGCAGUAUCGAAAAAAUUGUCAUAAGUGUGCAAGUCCACUUUUCUACUGUCAUCCAUUCAACUUUAAAAAUUAUCUUUUUAUCUUUGAUAAUGCUGUACGCUCUGCACAACAGAUUGGUGGUCUUAAACUUGCAAACGAGGAGCAACCCGUCAAAAAGGUAAUCAUGACGAAACAUGUAAAAAAUCAAGGGAAAGUUGGCUCAGUUACUGUUUCUACGGUCGAAGAAGCGGAAGAUGAACUAGAAGCGCGAGAAAUAGCGGAAUCAUAUACAUUGAAUGCCCGUAUGAUUGAAUACCAAAUGAAAAGGAAAGGAAUGUUGAAAAAUCAAGUUUCGGAAGAGUUAAUUGAGGCGAAGAAAAGACGAGAAGAGAACAAGCGAGGAACGUUGUUAUGA